GAUAAAAAAUAUGUUGGUAAAUGCUGACCUAGUGAAAUGUUCUUCUGUUGUAGUGUGGGUGGACAUCAUGUCUAUCCCUUUCCCGAUUUACAUUUCUACACGGGGACCAAGUUCGCUGUAACCGCGCUGACUGAGGGCCUGAGGCAGGAGCUGCGUGCAGAGAAAACUCAUAUCAGAGCCACGAGCAUUUCUCCUGGUUUAGUGGACACACAAUUUGCAUCACGGCUCCACCCCGAUGAACCUGAAAAAGUAGCUGCUCUGUACAGUGAAUUUAGGCCUUUGGAACCAAAAGACAUUGCCAGUGCUGUCACAUACGUGCUCAGCGCCCCGCCUCAUGUUCAGGUUUGUGGGUUUUCUCUUAUUUUCAACUUUUUAAAUGUUCACUUAUUGAAUUUAGCUCAUUAAUA